AGAGAGAGAGAGAGAGAGAGAGAGAGAGAGAGAGAGAGAGAGAGAGGACUCGUCCGCGGCCUGGCGGCCGCGAAGAUGUAGACACAGAGUAUAAGCAGUCGCACAGCGAAGGCACACACUGGGUGUUUCCCCCUUUCCCGUCCGUCGCACGGAAUUUUCUCUCGCGUAUAUCACCGACAGUGUUCGGAGAAGAGAGCGGAUCGACCGCGCGCGAAAUCACUGCCAGAUAAGUGUAAAACGUGUGCUGCCGGAUGUCAGCGCGAUCGCGGCAGAUAGAGAGACCGAGAAAGACACUGCUGGCGAUCCCGGAGAUGUGACACGGGGAUUCCCCGAGAGAGAGAGAGAGAGAGAGAGAGAGAGAGAGAGAGAGUGUGUGUGUAAAGUAAAUCUUUGAAGUCGAGAUCAGAAGACGAAAGGAGAAGGAGAGGAGGAGAGGACGAGCACACUGAUCAUUGGAAUACACACAGAUCGACCGAGAAGACUCGUCGUCCUAACAAGUGUCCUUACGGCUUCAGGUUGCCUCUCUUCGCCAUCGUCAACAUCGUCGUCGUGGUGAAGCGGCGGAGCCUGUUAUGGAAUGAACCGAUGCCCGUACAGGGCGUCUAGGUGUCCACGAUCAUCUCCCCCGGCACGAUGUCGAGCGUCGUCAUGACCUCAAGAAGGAUGCGGUCGCGUUUGCCGCUUCUCCCGCUGCUGCUGGCCGUGCUGCUGCUGUUCCGCUCAAGUGUGUGCACGGCGAGCGGCGACGGCGGGCCCAACAGUCCGAUCUUCAACUUGGAUCACACCGCGCUGGAGAAGAACUUGGCGGCGAUCUUCAACAAGGUGGCGCACAGCUCCGCGACCACAAAGCGCAGCGUGCCGGCGUACGACGCUCAAGUAUCGGCCAGCACGACCCUGUCGACGGUGCCGUCGCCGUUGACCACCAGCACGACCACCACCACCACCGCCGCCACGCCGGCUGGGCCGUCGUUACCGGCGGCCAGGUACCCCGCGCCCAGGGCCACUGCGUCGCCCAUCUUCCGCGACCUGCCGUCAUAUGCGCCACCCUCCAGAGCGCUGUUCACACCGCCAUUACCUCCGGAGUAUUUGCACCCCUUCGCCGACAAGCCGACGUUGCGCGGCACCAACUCGGACGUGCACGCCGGCAACAGGAGACCGAUGCCACCGCCCAGUCUAACACCGGCGCACGAGAGGAUACCCAUACGGCCGCCGGAUCUACCUCAGAGUCCUUCGCAGGAGGCGCCCGAGAGGCAUUCGCACAACACUCGGAACAAACCGUUGGCGAACGGAGGCGCGUUCGGCGGCAAGGAACAGCAGAGGAGCCCCGCAGAGUCCGGGAGUGCGGAUACGUCCGAGCGAACGAGGAACAGCACGAACGAGUUCGUGACUCUUCAUUAUCCCAGUAUCUCGAGGAUCCUAUCCGGCAGCAACGGCAGGAAACAGGAUAUUCCCGAUAUACUCCUGAAACCGCUGGCCACGAAAAGUCCAUUGCCGAGUGUACCCUUAGCGCCUAGUACCGACCGGACCACUCAAGCGCCCAGCACCACCACGUCGAGGACUCCUAACAGCACUGCCGCGGAUGCCGCGGCGAAGAGCGUCACGCAGCCAACGAUCUUCAAUCUGCCGAACACCGGUCGACAAGAUGACGACGGCGGCUACCACGGCGGCCUGCGAAACGACAAUGGUCUAAAGACCGACAGUAUCGAGAUCGUGGACACGGAGAGGUUGCCGUAUCCGCAGGCGCAACCGCCAGCGCCCACGUCGAAGCGACCGAACGCCGCCGCGGACGACGACGACCGUCUGGUGUCGCACGUCGACACGCAGAAUCCGUUGGAGUCGUGGCGCAUCGCCUGGUCGUUGCACGUGUACUUCGCCGCGAUCACGUUCACCCUCAUGGCGCUCUUCUCGAUCUACAAGAUCGUGCGCUUCAACGAAGCGACGAAUCUGCUCACGCAGUCGUACUUCCUCGCCGUGCACCUGCUGCUGACCACCGUCUGCACGCUCAGGUGUUUCCACCUUUUCUACGACGCCUACAAUCUCGGCCACUCGUUGCCCGAGCCAUUGUCCAGGGUGCUGAUGUACCUGCCGGCGCCGUUGCUGUCGACCGCCUUCGCCACGCUGGUGCUUUACCUCGCGCGGUGCUCCGAGGCGCCUUCGCUCAACAACAGCAUCCUUUCGCCCACCACACUCGUGUUAUCAUCCACCGUACACAUAGUCUUGUGCGUCUCCCUGCACGUGUCCACGCACGUGCUCGGUUACCAGGAUGAGGCGCGGAUCUUGCCGCUGGUCUGCCAGUGCAUCUACAUCGUGGUGUGCGUGACUCUGGGCCUCUGCUACGUCUACGUGUACCGCGUGGUGCGCUCACAGAUUCACAUAGCCAGCAACAAGGCGGCCGGUGCGAAUCACAUGAUGGCGGGCGCCGAUCCGACCACAGUAGCCCUCAGCACCGCGAUCACCACCACCAUCGCCAUCGCGUUGCUCUUCAUUCUCAUGGGUCUUGUGCAGCUGUACGGAAUAUUCGGCGUGCAAGAGCGACCACAGCCGUAUCCCUGGCUGUGGUGGGGCUGGCAGUUCUCCGUCAGAGUGCUGGAACUGUCGGUGUGUGGUCUCCUGGCGUGGGUUGCCAGUUUGUCGCAAUACCCUUUGCGCGAGAAACAGAUGCAACAACACUCGGCCCAUUCGGGCUUCGCUUUGUUCCCCUGCGGCAGUUCCACAUCCACGGAGAACAUGGACGACGUGCUGUACCCAGCGAUCUGCAGCACCAAUCAGGCGAUACAGAACUACACCAUGAGAACGGGCAAGCAGGUCUACGACGACAGCUUCCCGCUGAACACUCUGCCCGAGCACUUGAACAUAUCAGGUACCUUCGAGAGACAUUCCAUUCGCAAGUCAGGUACGAUGGGCCACUUCCCUCACGAAGGCCGGGGUUCCCUGAGUCGCCAUGGCAAUGGCAUACAGACCUUGAGGAACUCCGAGACUCGCGGCAGGCAUACGCCCGUUCAAGGCCUACACGAGCAGGCUCCGACCAGCGGCUCGACGAUGCUAGUCGCCGAGGAUGGUUUCGUUAGGUUCCGGAGUCUAGGCGCCGAGGAGGACGAGCUGUCCGACACGCAGAGCAUGGUCGGCACUCACGGCAGGGGUAGCUCACUCGCCGGUAGCGUCAGAUACAACGCGAGGCAUCCGCAGCAGCAUCAGCAUCCCCACCAGCACCAGCAUUCGCUGCAGCACUCGCAUCCGAGUCAGCAUCAGACCCACCAUCAGCUUUACAACAACACGUAAAGGGCUGUGCCAACACGCGCGAUCAAUAGAACGCGAUUCCUCGUUGACUCGGUAGGUCACGACGAAAGUAAAAUAAUUACGUCUAUUACUCGAAGCAGAGGGGGAAGGAUGGGGGGAGGUCUUUCGUCCUGUUUGAUCUUGCGAAGACGCGGAGAGGGUCUACCAAACCUCGGGGUUCUUGUCGCGUUAUUAUGUUUUAUUAGGGCAAUUAUAUUACCGCGAAGUAUUCCUACUUCGAUUACAAUCGAAACGUCUCGACGAUGAUGUCUCUCGAAACGUUUGAGAUUAUAAUUGGAAAGUAUAUAUAUAUAGAGAGAGAGAAAGAGUAAAAGAGAGGGAGAUAUAUAUAUAUAUAUAUAUAUAUAUAAAUAUAAUUGAUAGAAUUCCAUACUCAUGUACACUCGUACGUAACGAUGAGUGAUAUCCGGGAGAAGGGGAAAGAGAGGAAGAGAAAUUGUUAAACAUAUCGGCGAACGAGAUGAUUUUGUUCACGUUAGCAGCGACGCCGCGCUGUUCAAUUCGAUUUACGAGGCCACGAGUGAUGUGUUAUUAUUAUAACCCAUCGUUCUGUUCUGUUGCAGACGUAAUUGAUCGUCGUCGGUGAAACAUAGUAUAUAUCGACACUCGCGGGAUAUCGUCGUCGCCCCUCGCAAACUUCGGUCUAAACUCGAGAAACUAAUUUUAUCUCGUACUCUAUGUAAGAUAUGUCCUUGUGUAUAGACACCUAAUUGCCAUUCCCGUUCUACCGCUUUCGCAUCGACGUCCGAGCCAAGCCUCCGCCGUGCGAUACCUAAAUAAAUAUUUAUUUCGAUCCUCUCGAUAAAAAAAAAAAAGAAGAAGAAGCGAGUAAAACGUAUACGGCGAACUCGUUUUUGGGGUUCCUCUACCUGGUUAUGUGGGUAGUUUCAGGGUAUAUUGAAACUUGAUCUUACAUUAGGGCACUUGGUACUUAUUAAGAUUCAUGUGAUUGAGAAAAGAAGAAAAAAAAUAUGAGAGAGAUAAAAGAGCCAGAAGUAAAUAAUAUGUCUCGACACGCGCGAAGUACGUAGAGAAAGAAAGAGAGGGAAAGAGAGAGAGAAACGCUUACGUUCGGUUUUUACGUUCGAACUAUUAGAGGUACACCGAAUACCGCCGGCUGUGGAAGAACGUAUUUGGGUGGAAACGAGUGGACUUUCAAAUCGGUUCUAAUCUCGUCUCGUGAGACAUGUUAACGACGUGUUGUUGUUUGGCAAAUGAAAAAGAGGGAAAAGAAAUGUUGCUAGUUAUAUUAUUCGCUACCGCGUAAUAGACAGAGAAAGAGAGACUUACGACGAAUGGCGGUUUUUUGAUGAUCCUAACGCUCGUUGUUUAACGAUGUAGUCGCGGUAUGAUAAGUCGUUGAAGCACUGCUCGAGUAAUCGCCCGAUCGAUCGACCGGUACUUAUUCCCCCUUUCGUUGAGACUUCUCGUGGAUUCGAUGUUACUUCGUCGUCAUCAUCAUCAUCAUCGUCAUCGUCAUCACCGUCAUCAUCGUCAUCAUCAUUGUCGUCAUCGUCAUCUUCAUCAUCAUCAUCAUCAUCAUCAUCAUCAUCAGGCAGCUUUACGCGACCAACCGGCAGGAGGUGUAUAUUUUUUACGAAAAAUCGCGCGCGCGAGGUCCAAACCUUAAAAGCCAACAUAAAACUGAUAGAACUCUCUCGGAAGAAGGCACUGCUCCGCGACUCGCGACUCCGACACGGGUGUGUGUUCCGAGACUUAUUACAUGAUGUGAUUCUCUGUCAAGCUGAAAGCGGCACCUGUACAGUCGACGAUAAUUUAUCACUCAGUCCAAUUUAGUGCGAUUCAGUUUAGCGAUAACUAAGACUAGGAAUUAUGAAUUUCGGAUGUUUACCUUUUAAGUUUUUAGCCGUUAAGUUCUUAAGAGGCGAGUCGCGAUUCUGAUGUCAAUGAUUUAUUACAUUUUAAUGAAACGAAGGAAAAUAACGAGAGAGAAAGAGAGACACUCUGAGAUGAAGGAGAACAUGCUAUUACCCGUUGUAGAAUAGAUUGACAUAAGUGCGAUUUAACGUCACACAGACACACACAGGCCAGCAUUUUAACUUUAUUUGUCAGACAGUCUAAGGUACAAAAUAGUACUUUUUACCUUUCACUUCGUAUAUCGAUAGGUUUAAGCGGUCGCAAUGUAUAUGUUUAUAUAUGAAUAUUGUAAAUAAGGUGUACGGGCUCGUCUCGUGAGUGAAUCUACUGUUAUGACGGAAUCCGGGAUUCCGGUUUUCUGUCCAGCGCGCACUGAAAUUUACACGCCUCUCGAUUGUAAAAAAAAAAAAAAAAAGAAAGAAAGAUGAAUGAGGGACGAAGCGGGAAGAGAGCAAGGGACGCGCAAGACUUGUAUUUUAAUUUGUCUCAGAAGCUGUAUUUAUUAAUGCGAAAUACAUUCCACGACAAGUGAUCGGUGUGAGUGCGAGAUCGAUUUGUGUGUGGGAUUUUAUUGCAAUUAUAUAAAUUUAUCUAGGCGCUAAACGAACCGAAACACAACUGUAAAUAAAAGCUUUUUUUGCGAAAUGUCUCACGUCUGUCUUUCAAACGCGAGUUUUUCAAUCAUAAAAUGUUCUUCUCUUCGACGCAAUGCCAAGGUGCAAUGCCUCAAACGUAUUUCUCGUUUCUUUUCUCUUUUAUAUUGUUUUAUUAUUAUUUCUUUUUUAUGAGAUUUGACGUCUUAAUUGAUAUACGCGUAGAUUGAAGUGUUGAAGAUCUCGUGGCUCUACACACGCGCGCUAAAUGAAACGACAAAAAAAAGAACUUUCCCGAAUUUAGGUUUCCUAAACAAAUUUUAUAUUGUAAUAUACAAAUAUAAUUGUGUUAGUUAUGUAUCCAUAUUA